UCUCCCCAGGUUAGGCGACUGUCCUAUUGAGAGCUGCGUUUGGAUCUCUGACAUGGAGGAUAUGCUGUCAUUCUGGGAUGUGGUCAUUUAUUUCUCUGCAGAGGAGUGGGAAUUACUGGGUCCUACUCAGUGGAACUUGUACAGGGAUGUGAUGUUGGAGAAUUACAACAACCUUGUGUUCCUGGGUCUUGCUUCCUCUAGGCCAUACCUAGUCACGUUCCUGGAGCAAAUACAAGAGCUUUCAGAUAUGAAGAGUCAAGCAGACAUCACUAUGUACACAGGGGGAAACUGCUACACAUUCAAAGAACGUGGUAAUAUCUUUGAAGGGAAAGAAGCAUUUCAAGAUCAUCAGAUAAUUCAUUUAGGAGAGAAGCCCUACAAAUGUGAAGAGUGUGGCAAGUCCUUCCGCUAUCCAUAUUUACUUUCUGACCACAAAGGAAUUCACACAGGAGAAAGACCCUACAAGUGUGACAUCUGUAGCAAGACCUUCCAUUGUUCAUCAAGACUUUUUGAACAUAAGAAAAUUCACACAAAAGAAAAAGUCUACAAGUGUGAAGUAUGUGACAAGGCUUUCAGUUAUGCAUCAAGACUUUAUGUUCACAUGAGAAUUCAUACAGGAGAGAAGCCAUACAAGUGUGAAAUAUGUGGGAAGGCCUUCCACUCUCCACCAUCUCUUUGUCAACACAUGAAAAUUCAUACAGGAGAGAAACCCUACAAUUGUGAUGUAUGUGGCAAGGCCUUCCGCUUUCCAUGUUUACUUUCAAAACAUAAGAUAAGUCAUACAGACCAAAAACCCUACAAGUGUAAAAUUUGUGGACAAUUCUUCCAUGCUGAAUCAUCACUUCGUGCACACAGGAUAAAGCAUACAGGAGAGAAACAGUACAAGUGUAAAGUAUGUGGCAAAGCGUUCCAACAUUCUUCAAGUCUUUACAAACAUAAAAAAAUUCAUACAUGAGAGAAACCCUACAAAUACGAAGUAUGUCGCCUGCCAUUCCAUUGUCCAUAAUUACAUUCUGAAAAGAAGAGAAUCCAUACAGGUGGAAACCCAAAACUUGUGAUGUAUCAGUCAAUGUAUCCCCUAGAACUUUCCAGAUUCAUUCCAUUUCAUAACUCAUUCUGGAGAGAAGCCAUACAAACCUGAGGAAUGUGGAAAAGCCUCCUUUACAAAGUCCUACCUAUGUCUACACAAAUUACCUCACAAUGGAGAGACUAUUUACAAAUGAAAAGAGUAUGUCAAAGUGCUCUACAAAUUUAGGGAUGAACCAAAGAAUUUAUUCUGCAGAAAAACCAUACAAAUGUAAAAAAUGUGGCAAAUACUUUUGAAGUUCCAUUGCAUGGUCUGAACAGAGAAUAAUUCUAUUAAAGAUAAAUACUACACAUGUGAAGAAUGUGGCCAACACUAUUAUUACCAGUCUUCUGGUCUCAAGCAACAUUAAAGACUUCAUCUAUGAGACAAACCACACAGGUGUGAAGAAUGUACUAAAGUCUUUUGGACUUACUGAAAAUAUGGGAGAAACCUCAUGUUCAUAGUAGAUUGAAAUGUCACAAGUGUGAAAAAUAUUGCAAUCACCUUAAUAAGCUUUCUUAUAUUUCUUAGCACAAGGUAGUUCAAACUGGAGAGAAAUAGUAAAAAUGUUAAAUGUUCAUAAAAUCUUAACAGUUCUUCAGACCCUAAAAGUUAUCAACAGCUUCAUACUGAAUUGAAGCCCUAUAAAUUUGGGGAGUGUAGUAAAGGCUUUGGAAUCCUUCAUACACCCAUGUCAAAAGUGGAGCUGUCAGUCUGUGUGGAUGUCCUUCUGGGUUUGGGGAUGAUCCUUCAUUGUCAUCUUUUUUGUUUCUUUUAGAAUUGAAGCCCUUGUUCUAUACCAGUAUGUAGAAAAGUAGUCACUUGUUUGUAUGUUGUAGGAGCUCACACAGAGAUUGCCUUGAGUCUCACAUGCCACAUGGACUGUGGUCUUUCAUGCUGUUGUAAUUAUUAAAUUAUUUGUGGACCUUUCAAGUUGUAGCCUAUUUUACUUAUGAAGUGAGGGUAAGGUUGGGGAAAGGGAAGGAAGGUUUUGCUUAAAAGCUUUUAGGAUAAAGCUAGCAUGUUUGGGAACACACUGAAUUGUCACCAAGACCACACCCAUGUUAGUGUUCCCAGUACCUUCAAGAUAGGAUGAGGUAAUUAUCUCUGAAGGUUGUCCUCUCACCUCCAUGUAUGGGCCCCCACAGAAACAUAAAUUUGUGUGCCCAGAAAUAAACAUAAAUUACACUUUUGAAAUGACUUUGUGUUUUAUGUGGACAAGAAUUGUAUCUCACUUGUUAGCACCAUGAGUUCUUGAAUCAUUUGAGUUGCAAGCCUCUGGUUGACAUGUAGGAUUCAUCUUCAUUACUUUAAUUGAUUUCAGAAGGCCUGUUGAUUGUGAUUGUAAGCACCUGUUGACUGAGAUGCUGAGGUAUGAGAUAAUACCCUGAGAACAACUACUCAUCAAUCUCCUUCUUCCUGACUGUGGAAGGAACAUGAGCAGCUGCUUUAAGUGCCUCUUGUUGUAACUUUCUCACCACCUGCUGUGGUUGGAAUAGGAAUUGCCCUAGAGCUCAAUGCUUAAUCAUCAGGUAGUGGUGCUGCUGGAUAAGGAUUCAGAAGUGUGGCUUCAUUGGUGUUAAGGUGUCACUGGGGGUCAUAGUUGAGGUUUCGAAAGCUCAGACCCAGUGUCCCCUCUUUUACUGACUAUGGGUCAGUAUGGAUAAUUCCCAGCUGCUUCUCCAGUUCCAUGUCUGCCUGCAUUCCAAUGUGUUACCUAGCUUGCUCCCCACAAUCAUAAUGGACAAACCUCUGAAGCUGGUAAGAAGCCCCAAUCAAUGCUUUCUUACAUGAGAGUUGUCCUGGUUUGGUGUCUCUCCAU